AUGUCGGACAUGUCGCCGACCAGUCGCGCCGCGGAGGUGCAGAAUCUGCUGAAAGCUGUCGAAGACCUUCUAAUCCCAUUUAUCCGUGCAGCAGACGAGAGCCACUACAACACUUCCGGCAACAAAGCCAGCACCAAUGGCACGAACGGCGUCAAUGGGCGCGCUGCGCCGGCAGGAAUGUCCCUGGUAGACUACAAGAAACCCGAAGAACUACAAGAGAUUCUGCAGCUUGAAGUACCAGAGAAAGGCACUCGACAAGAAGGGCUGAUCGAUGUCCUCCAGAAGGUACUCCGGUACUCAGUAAACACCUGGCACCAGGGAUUCCUGGACAAGCUGUAUGCAUCGACGAAUGCUCCCGGAGUGGCAGCGGAACUGAUCCUCGCGACUCUAAACACCAAUGUGCACGUCUACCAAGUAUCGCCUGCCCUGACGAUGAUCGAAAAGUACACGGGCCAGCAACUGGCGGGUCUUUUUGGAUUGAAAGGCCCUCGCGCCGGCGGGAUAUCGGUGCAGGGCGGCUCCUCAUCGAAUACCACGUCCAUUGUCAUUGCCCGCAACAAUCUCUAUCCGGAUACGAAGACGGACGGUAAUGGCGGACACAGAUUUGUGCUAUUCACUAGUGCGCAUGGUCACUACAGCAUUGAGAAGGCGGCGCAAAUGAUCGGGCUUGGAAGCAGCGCUGUCUGGCCCGUUCCAGUUGACAAGCAAGGGUGCAUGAUUCCAUCCGAGCUUGAGAGGCUGGUUCUGAAGGCGCAGAGCGACGGCCGAACGCCAUUUUACGUUAAUGCCACCGCGGGCACGACAGUCAUGGGCUCGUUUGAUCCCUUUGACGAGAUCGCGGACAUCUGUCGGAAAUAUCGCUUGUGGUGCCAUAUCGAUGGGUCUUGGGGCGGCUCUUUUAUCUUCUCUCGUCGACAGAGACACAAGCUCGCGGGCGCGGAGAAGGCGAACAGCAUUGCCAUCAACCCGCACAAGAUGCUCGGUGUGCCGGUGACCUGCUCGUUCUUGUUGGCUGCCGAUAUGCGCCAAUUUCACAAAGCCAACACUCUGCCUGCAGGAUACUUGUUCCAUAACGAAGACCCGGAGCCUAGUGCAAACGGCAACGCACAGCCCGAGCCUGAAUUGGAAGCUGACUCUCCAGAAAUCUGGGAUCUGGCAGACCUUACUCUUCAAUGUGGCCGGCGCGCUGACUCUCUGAAACUCUUUCUGGGAUGGACAUACUACGGGUCCGAGGGGUACGAGCAGCAAAUCGACUCAGCCUGCGAGGUAGCAGCACACCUGGCCAACCUCGUCACCAAGAGUCCUAAUCUCAUUCUGGUCAGCGAAAAUCCUCCUCCGUGUCUGCAGGUCUGCUUCUACUAUGCCCCAGGCAAGCAGCUCUUGCAUCCGCGCGGCCUUGUCCAGGACGAAACACAGCGCGGAAAGAAUAACAGCAAGGUCACCGAGCGUAUCACGCAUGCGAUUGUGCCGCGGGGCUUCAUGGUGGAUUUUGCGCCGCCCAGCGGAGAAGCAAAUGCAGAGGGCGAUGGCAAGUUCUUCCGGUGUGUGGUCAAUGUCUUGACUACCAAAGAGACAGUCGAGGCUCUGGUUUCUGCCAUUGAGCAGGUGGGGCCUAGCAUUGUCGACGGAUUGAAGACGUUCGACCCGGCGAUUCCUCAUAAACGACCUGGCGAGCACGGACAUGGACCUGUUGUCCACCAUGUUUGA